UGUCAUUCACUGGAAUGUCAUACACUGGAAUUUAAUCCGACCAUGGCGUUUUCUUCACAUUUCCUAAUUGUCCCGGCUGUACUCAUCUGCUUAUGUUCGGCUGAUGAAUAUUUCUCAAUCCAUGAUCAACAGUGGUCUCAAGUUAGUGACAAGACCAAUUCAACAAACCCAGCAAUUACAUCAACAGAUCUACCAACCACACCAUCAACUGACGGCCCGGCCACAAUAUCAACAGACCCACGCACCACACCAUCAACCGAUGCCUCGACCACACCAUCAACCGACUCCCCGACCACACCUUCAACAGACCCAAGCACCACACCAUCAACCGUUGCCCAGACCACACCAACAGAUCUUUCGACCACACCAUCAACUGACUCCCCGACCACACCAUCAACCGAAGCCCCAGCCACACCAUCAUCUGAUUCCCCAACCACACCAUCAACAGAUCUUCCGACCACACCAUCAACAGACCCACCAGGCACACCAUCAACUGAUGCCCCGACCACACCAUCAACAGACCCACUGACCACACCAUCAACGGAUGCAGAAACCACACCAUCAACAAACCUUCCGCCAACACCAUCAACAGGCCCACCCACCACACCAUCAACAAACCUCUCGACCACACCAUCAACCGACGGCCUAACUACACCAUCAAUUGACCCCCCAACCACUCCAUCAACCGACGGCCUAACUACACCAUCAAUUGACUCCCUGACCACACCAUCAACCAACUCCCCGACCACACCAUCAACAGACCCAAGCACCACACCAUCAACCGAUGACCAGACCACGCCAACAGAUCUUUCGACCACACCAUCAACUGACUCCCCGACCACACCAUCAACCGAAGCCCCGGCCACACCAUCAUCUGAUUCCCCAACCACACCAUCAACAGAUCUUCCGACCACACCAUCAACGGAUGCAGCAACCACACCAUCAACAGACCUACCACCAACACCAUCAACAAACCUCCCGACCACACCAUCAACCGAUGGCCUAACUACACCAUCAAUUGACCCCCCAACCACACCAUCAACCGACGGCCUAACUACACCAUCAAUUGACUCCCUGACCACACCAUCAACUGACUCCCCGACCACACCAUCAACAGACCCAAGCACCACACCAUCAACCGAUGCCCAGACCACACCAACAGAUCUUUCGACCACACCAUCAACUGACUCCCCAACCACACCAUCAACAGAUCUUCUAACCACACCAUCAACGGAUGCAGCAACCACACCAUCAACAGACCUUCCGCCAACACCAUCAACAGGCCCACCCGUCACACCAUCAACAAACCUCCCGACCACACCGUCAACCAAUGGCCUAACUACACCAUCAAUUGACCCCCCAACCACACCAUCAACCGACGGCCUAACUACACCAUCAAUUGACUCCCUGACCACACCAUCAACUGACUCGCCGACCACACCAUCAACAGACCCAAGCACCACACCAUCAACCGAUGCCCAGACCACACCAACAGAUCUUUCGACCACACCAUCAACUGACUCCCCAACCACACCAUCAACAGAUCUUCUAACCACACCAUCAACGGAUGCAGCAACCACACCAUCAACAGACCUUCCGCCAACACCAUCAACAGGCCCACCCGUCACACCAUCAACAAACCUCCCGACCACACCGUCAACCAAUGGCCUAACUACACCAUCAAUUGACCCCCCAACCACACCAUCAACCGACGGCCUAACUACACCAUCCAUUGACUCCCCGACCACACCAUCAACUGACUCAAGCACCACACCAUCGACCGAUGCCCAGACCACACCAACAGAUCUUUCGACCACACCAUCAACUGACUCCUCGACCACACCUUCAACCGAAGCCCCGGCCACACCAUCAUCUGAAUCCCCAACCACACCAUCAACAGAUCUUUCGACCACACAAUCAACUGACUCCCCGACCACACCAUCAACCGAAGCCCCGGCCACACCAUCAUCUGAAUCCCCAACCACACCAUCAACAGAUCUUCCGACCACACCAUCAACAGUCCCACCAGGCACACCAUCAACUGAUGCCCCGACCACACCAUCAACAGACCCACUAACCACGCCAUCAACGGAUGCAGCAACGACACCAUCAACUCACCCCCCAACCACAGAAUCAACAGAUUCACCAUCCACCGACCCACUGACCACACUAUCAACUGACCCACCGACCGCACCAUCAACUAACCCAUCAACCACACCAUCAACUGACCUCCCAACCACACCAUCAACUGACCUACCAACUACACCAUCAACUAAUGCCCCAACUACACCAUCAACCGACCCCCUGACCACACCAUCAACAGACCUACCGACCACACCAUCAACCGACCUCCCAACCACACCAUCAACUGACCUACCAACCACACCAUCAACCGAUGGUCCAACUACACCAUCAACUGACCCCCCGACCACACCAUCAACUGACCCCCUGACCACACCAUCAAUAGACCUACCGACCACACCAUCAACAGACUCACCGACCACACCAUUAACCGAAGCCCCGGCCACACCAUCAUCUGAUUCCCCAACCACACCAUCAACAGAUCUUCCGACCACACCAUCAACGGAUGCAGCAACCACACCACCAACAGACCUACCACCAACACCAUCAACAAACCUCCCGACCACACCAUCAACCGAUGGCCUAACUACACCAUCAAUUGACCCCCCAACCACACCAUCAACCGACGGCCUAACUACACCAUCAAUUGACUCGCCGACCACACCAUCAACAGACCCAAGCACCACACCAUCAACCGAUGCCCAGACCACACCAACAGAUCUUUCGACCACACCAUCAACUGACUCACUGACCACACCAUCAACCGAAGCCCCGACCACACCAUCAACAGACCCACCAGGCAUACCAUCAACUGAUGCCCCGACCACACCAUCCCCAGCCACACCAUCAACAGGCCCAAGCACCACACCAUCAACCGAUGCCCCAACCACACCAUCAACUGACCCACCAACCACACCAUCAACUGACACCCCAGCCACAACAUCAACUGAUCUUCUGACAACACCAUCAACCGACACCCCAGCCACAACAUCAACAGAUCUUCCGACAACACCAUCAACAGACUCACCAAGCACACCAUCAACAGAUCUUCUGACCACUCCAUCAACAGACCCACCCACCACACCAUCGACCAAUGCCCCGAUCACACCAUCAUCCACCCCCCCGACCACACCAUCAACCGACCCCCCCACCACGCCAUCAACCGACCCACCAACCACUCCAACAAUUCAAACAACCUCUCAACCUUCAAUCACAACAGGAGAGCCCUUUAAGUGCCAAAAUGGGGGACAUUUCAAUGGAGUCAAUUGUGUAUGUCUUACUGGAUUCAGUGGGACUCGAUGCGAAUUUGUUGAUUCUGUUGAGCCAGUUACAUUCAAUAGGUCAGUUGCGGUUGAUGUGGUGAUCAACGAGAAAUUCCAUGAAGAAUAUGAAAACAAAAAUUCACCUGAAUAUAAAGUGUUUGUUGGAAACUUCACUGCCAAGAUGGAAAAGUAUUACUUGGGAAAGAAUAUAUCAAACUUCAAAGGAGUAGUCGUAACUAGCGUCAGUCGUGGAGGCCCUUCGGUCAGAAUCUCAGAUAAUAACCUGGAAGAGGUAAUUUAA